UCCACCAAUAUAUAGCAUAAUAAAUAUGAAGUAUAAGUGCACAAGUCUUCAUUUUCUCUUUAUUUGCGGGUUUUUUUUGCCAAACCGCCAGGGGGCGAUGUAGAGCGUAUUCCUCACUUGCCUCGCGCUUCAAUCCCCUAGCUGGUGUUAACUGAUAAGAGAGUAAAAUGAAAUUAUUUUAAACAUCUGCAACAUGAAGAAAGUGUUUACCGCAGAACAAAUUUCGGAUUGGUUCACCUCGGGGACGAAGUUUGCUAACAUUAAACUCACGGAAGAAGUGGCUGAAAGAGCGUUCGAUGAACCAUCAACGAAAGAGACCAGUUCCAGCCUGUCAGAGGUUCCUGAUGAGGGCAGCCUGAAAAAUGUGAAAUCUGAUGGAGGGCGGUUCCAAAAACCAGAACCUACAGAGAUAUCCUUAGGUACUGCUCCUCCUCCACUUGCCAGCUACGAGUACCCCAGCUUGCCCAUUACCAAAAACAGGCAGGAGCUGAUUUCUCUUGUAGAAAACAACUCUGUAGUGAUCAUUCAGGGAGCCACAGGCAGUGGCAAGACCACCCAGCUGCCACAGUACAUUCUGGACCACUACAGUGACAAAAAUGCCUUAUGCAACAUUGUGGUCACCCAACCACGCAAAAUUGGGGCCACCAGUAUUGCCCGAUGGGUUGCCACACAGCGGAAGUGUACCCUGGGGAGUCUGGUGGGAUAUCAGGUUGGACUGGAGAAGAUGGCUACUGAGCACACCAGGCUAAUCUACAUGACCACAGGAGUGCUGCUACAAAAACUGGUUUCAGCCAAGUGCCUCACCGAGUACUCCCACAUUUUUGUAGAUGAGGUUCAUGAGCGCACUGAGGAGAUGGACUUUCUCCUGCUGGUUUUGAGAAAACUUCUUCAUUCCAACUCUCCUUAUGUCAAGAUCAUCCUUAUGUCAGCCACCAUUAACUGCAGACAGUUUGCUGAGUACUUCAGCACCCCAAUUCGUGGGAAGAUGAACCCAGCCUAUGUGUUUGAAGUGGAGGGGGCACCCUAUGCCAUUGAGGAGUUCUAUCUGGAUGACCUCCACAGACUGUUUUCAUACAAGGUUGAGUUGCCUCAUAUAGAUGACCCUCACAUUUCAGUGGAGAUGUACAAUCUUGCCAUCAGUCUCAUCCAGAGCUUUGAUGAGAUGGAGGGCAAAGAUUCCGGCAAAGCAGAGAAACAAGGUGGCAUGACUUCAUCAGAGCGGGGCAGUGUACUGGUUUUCCUUCCUGGAAUACAUGAGAUAAGCUACAUGCAGGAGGCCUUGGCCAAGCUGGUCCACAAAAGAUUGCAGGUUUAUCCUCUCCACUCCACUGUAACUCUGGAGGAGCAGAAUGGUGUGUUUCUGUUCCCUGUCCCUGGAUACAGGAAGGUCAUCCUUUCCACCAACAUCGCUGAGAGUUCGGUGACUGUCCCAGAUGUCAAAUAUGUGAUUGACUUUUGUCUGGCCCGUCGCUUGGUCUGUGACCAAGAUACCAAUUAUCAGUCUUUGCGUCUCACCUGGGCAUCCAAAACCAACUGCAACCAGCGCCGAGGUAGGGCAGGUCGAGUGUCUAAGGGCUACUGUUACCGUCUUAUUACCAAAGAGUUCUGGAGGAACGAAAUCCCAGACCACAUGAUCCCUGAGAUGCUACUUGCCCCAUUGGCCACCAUCAUGCUGAAGGUGAAGCUGCUGGACAUGGGAGAUCCCCGCUCCCUCCUUUCCACAGCCCUCUCACCCCCCAACCUUGGUGACAUAGUGAGGACGGUGCUCCAACUCAAAGAGAUGGGCGCGCUAUCUGCGAAAAGUGAUGGCAGGGGUCAAAAUGAGGACGGCGAGCUAACGUUCCUGGGAAAAGUGCUGGCCCACUUGCCCGUGGCCCUGUACCUGGGGAAGAUGAUUGUCCUGGGCCACGUCUUUGGCUGCCUGGAUGAGUGCCUCAUCAUAGCUGCCUCGCACUCUCUGAAGAGUUUCUUUGCCAUACCAUCCAUGCAGCAGCUUGCUGGCCACAGGAGCAAGUUGGCCUUUGCCCAUGGCACACCAAGUGAUUCCAUAGCUUUUGUCAAUGCCUUCAAGGCAUGGCACUCCUCCAAAAAGAAAGGACAGCUGAGACACCCAAAGGACGAGUUGGACUGGGGAAAAGAGAACUUCAUUCAGAUCAAGAGGAUCAGAGAGGUUGCGGAGCUGUAUGAGGACCUGAAGAAGCGUGUGUCCCAGUUCAACAUGCAUGUGCUGGAGAACACUCAACCCUUGGAUUACACCAGUGCACACAGGCAAAAGUUCAUUCUUCAGGUGGUCAUUGCUGGUGCCUACUACCCCAACUACUUUGUCCAGGGGGAAAUAGAUGAAGACUUGGCCUCUAGAGAGUUGAGUGGCUUCAACCCCAGAACAACAGUGAUGGUGAGGAACCUCCCUCCAUACAGUUUCCUGUAUUACAAGCAGCUGCAGUCUCUGUUCCGCCUGUGUGGACAGGUCAAAACCAUUUCCUUUGAGAGCUCCAGAGCAUAUGUGGAGUUCUACAGGACAUCCCAAGACUCGGGGGUGCUGCCUGAGGUGUCCCUUGCCCUCCUCCUGGCACAGCAGAGUGCUCCCAUGGAGCUGUCUGUCUACCCCAUUGAGCAAAUAGAAAUUUGUGCUGGGAACAGAAUCAUAACUCACAUGAAAUAUGCACGGGUGAAUGUAGACUUCCAGAGCCAGUCUGUCUGCCCGGUGGGAGUGGUGAGCAGCACCAUUAACCCAGACAAGCUACCCCCCAACCGCUUUUUUGUGGUCAACAUCACAGAGGUGGUGGAGGUGGGUCAUUUCUGGGGCUUUCAGGCAGAUGAAGCCAGCUUAGAGAAGCAGCGCCUCCUGACUGCAGAGAUAAACAAACGUACGCUGCAUCCUGUAACUGUGUCGCUCUAUCCCAACCUGCUGUGUCUGGCUCCUUACUCUGAGAUCAAUGACCAGACCUUGUACUACCGCGCCAAGAUCCUGCACAUGCGUGGCAACACAGUGGAGGUGUUCUUCUUGGACUUUGGCAACACAGCAGUUGUUGCCUGCAGCAGCCUCAGAGAGCUCCCUUCUGACCUCCAGUCUCACCCAUUCCAGGCUCAGGAGUUCCAAGUUACUGAGAUGCGUCCUUCAGCCCAGUCCAUCAUCCUGGGGAACCAGUGGAGCAGCCGAGCCCGCGACCGUUUCAUCACACUGGUGAAGGGCCGUUCACUCAUUGUGGCCCUGUAUUCCAUCCUCCAUGGUGUCAUGCGUGUGCAGCUGCUCAUCAACACGGAGACAACAAACACCAGCGUGGUAGACAUCUUGGUGCAAGAAGGGCAUGCUGUGAAGGCCGAAGAGAGCUUCGAUUCCAAGCAAAACCAUGAUGCAGUGAUGUCCCUUUACAAGGACAUGGAAAUGGGUACAUAUGUCCCCAACGCUGCCAGCAGCUCCUGGAAAGAUCGCAAGAAAGAGGAGAAACAUCUCAUUGACAACCUGCUCGCCCACUUUUCAAAAAGCCGUCAGCCCUACUCCAAGACAAAGGUUCAUCUGCAUGGACCAAACAGUCCUAAUAAGAUAAACUUCCACAGCUUGAACAACAAGACCUACUACAAGAGUGUGUCCUCCUGCAGGAUAGUGUGUAUAGAGAGGAGCAGCAUCAACUCCUUGGCCCUGAAUGAAAACCCUCACUACAAACAUCAGAGGAUGCUGGUGGCUGGGACUGUGUCAGUCAACUCCACAGGGACAAGGAUUCUACUGAGAGAUACUGCCAUCAUGCCAGACAUCCCCGGACUGCCUGCACUCGUUACCAUGCUGUUCACCCCCAUCAUGGAGUUACGCACUAAUGAAGAGAGGACAUGCUACACUGGUGCCCUCUGUGGCUUGGGUUGGAACAGUCAAACACAGGAGAGCAUCCUACCUGAGCACGACAUCGAACUCGCCUUCGACGUCAAAUUUGAUGUUGAAGACAUCACUGAGAUAAAUGCUUUGCGAGUGGCUAUAAACCGCCUGGUGUGUGAAGGGCCCUGUGGCACUCUGCAUCUGGGGCCUGACCAGAUCAGCCACCUGCAGGAGGACUGCCAGGACCGCCUCACAAGACUGUUCACCAAGUCAACGACAAGGGAAGCUGUCACUCCAGUGUACUACGAGAAACUCGAGAAAUGGAACCAGGUGUGGUACAUGAACAUGCUCUUGCGUCAAUUAUUUGAUAUUUUAUUAUUAUAUUACAUUAUAUUUUUUAUUUGCUCAUUAUCCCUGGCACAUGCCCUUUUGUGAGCACAUUUUAGCUCAGCGUGUUUUAAAGUGUUUGUGUAUUGAAUCUGUAGGUGGAUCCUGCUCUGAAGAUGGAUAUUGUUGAGCCUGGAAGUGGAAAGACCACAGGUGUUCUCUUCCAGCUGCAUCCUGUCACUCUCCUCAACAGCUAAAAAGCCACUGUACCAGCAUUUGUGUUGAAAUGGAAAUUAUUUUAAUUUUGUAGUAUGAGCAGUUACCUGGAAUUUUAAUUUAAUUAUGUUCAGAGGAGUAUAUUUUGUGUUUAAGUGUAAAUGUAGCUUUCAGCAGCACAGCAAAAUCCUCAAUCCUUUCUUUGUCGUUUGCAGCCAUCACUGGCGUAGUUAUUUCUUGUUUCAAUGAGUGGCUGCUAAUAAGAAAUGUAAAAGUUCUCUCUUGAGAUUUGUCCUGUAUAGCUCUUUGUAACAGCGCCUCAGCAGUGGGCCAUUAAAAAUAGUUGUUUGCAACAGAUGAGGCUUGUCAAUCAGUCUUCAUUCAGACAUAGUCUCAUUGUGACCCAAGAGUCAAGUUAAAUUCGUCACCAAGCACACGCUCGCGCACACACACACACACACACACUAAACUCCUACUAUGAGAUGAGGUGUGCCUGUGUCAGAUUCAUUGGCUUAUAUUUAUAGCUCAUCAUUCCAGGUCUCCCAUCCAAAGUGUUGCCACCUCAAACUUAGCUGUGGUGUCAUACACAAGCUCAUCUUCACUGACUUGAAGUCGUCUUAUGAAUGUCAGUAAAGUGGCUGAGGAGAUGUUAUACAUCAAGGUACAUUUAUUUUUCUUAUUCUUGUAAUUAAAUACAUAGUGUAAGUGCAAAUAGUUAAAGAGUCCAGGGUUCUAAAGAACUACAGAGUAUAGUUGAACAUAGUACAAAGUUGGACAGUUAUUCAAACAAGCUAAAUAUCACCAGAUACUCCUUGUCUUCAUAGUAGUUGUACAACAGUACCUAAAACAUGAGCGUGUGUGUUGUUCCUUAUGGUUAUACAAAAGCAAAAACCCUACAAUUACCACAUCUAAGACGCAUAUUGUUAAAUUAUUUUGUGCUUGGAAACACCAAAAGGAAAUCAUUUUUGAUAUUUAUAUAUAUUGACAUAGACUGAGAGAAGCCCCGUCUGCUAGCUCAGAAACAUGAAGCAGUAUUUAACAUUGGCAGCAGAGCACGUCUGUGGGCAUUCAGCUUUUUUGUGCCAAACCGUACAGUUUGUGGUAAGCACUGCAAAGCAAAAAUGUAGCAUGAUUUAAAAACUGCACAAAAGAUAUCAAAUAUUAUUUACCCAAGGCUCGACUUCAUGCACUUUUAUAAUAAGCAACACAAAAAAAGUCAGUUUCCUUUUUUGUUUUCGAGUUGUGUACUUGUCUACCUAGAAACAGGAUUAUGUACGUGUGACGGUGUGUGUGUGUUAGUGUUUAGACUGCUAUAGACAGGGUGAAGGCUUCUCCAGUGGAUGCUUUUAGAGAACACCAA